GAGUCACUGCUAUGACUCACACUGACAGCGUUCACGUUAGCUAGCGUUCAGAUGGAGCAGCUCUGGCGACAGAAGAAGCAGGUUAUAUUAUUGAUUACCUGCUGCAGCAGACAGUUGCGCCAAGAUAUUUUUUUACGAGCACAGACGAAACAGAGGAGGGUCUACUGAGCACCGCUAUUAUUAUUGUUGUUUUCUUAAGAAACUUCAAGAACAUGCUUAACAUCUAAACACCAAGAUGACAGUCCCUGACUCAACACAACCCUGAAGACAGCCUCUCCAUCCUACUUGUCCACAAACUCUUCGUGCAAAUGCUGACCACCAGAGAGAACUCGCUCUGAUUCAUCUUGUUUUCAAGCUGCCUGCUAUGUCCCUCUUUCUGCUGCUGAAAUGCCAGCUUUAUUAAAAAAGAACUGGAUGCACAUGCCGAAUUUCAUCAGUGAAAGAUGGAGUAAGAUGUGGACUUAACUGAUGUUACGAUAUGCAAAAUCCCUCCACACAUGAGGAAAAGAGCCCUCUCAUAGUAAUGUUAGAGGAAUAGCAAUUGGAGACAACCUGCUGCAUUCUGCUACUCUGCAAGACAAACAUCAGUAAAGCCAAGCAGCAAGAGAAGAAGGGCUCUUCAUGACAAAAUGACAGCAAGAGAACACAGUCCCCGCCAUGGUGCAAAAUCCCGCACUGUGCAACGGGCCUCCACCAUUGAUGUCACCUCUGAUAUGGUGGGCCUUUCUCUGGCAGGAAACAUUCAGGAUCCAGAUGAGCCUAUUUUAGAGUUCAGUUUAGCUUGCAGUGAGCUGCUAACUCCAUCGCUAGAUCGAAAACCAAAUAGUUUUGUAGCAGUGAGUGUAACUACACCUCCUCAGGCAUUCUGGACAAAGCAUGCACAGACAGAAAUUAUUGAGGGAACAAGUAAUCCUAUCUUUCUAAGCAGCAUUGCCUUUUUCCAAGACUCUCUUAUCAAUCAGAUGACACAAAUCAAACUCUCCGUGUAUGACGUCAAAGAUAGAUCUCAGGGAACAAUGUAUUUGUUGGGUUCUGGGAUGUUCACUGUAAAAGAACUUCUUCAGGAGAAGAAUCACAGGUUGCACUUAACACUAAGGUCCACCUCCAAAAAAAUCUCAACGCAGAGUAUUUGUUGCAGGUCGGCUGAAAGUGACCGUGUAGGUAACAUUACAGUUAUUGGAUGGCAAAUGGAGGAAAAAACUGACGAAAGACCUCCAGUGACAAGGUCACCUGAUACAAUUAAUGGAAGGACUGUGUUGCCAGUUGAUGAAAGUUUAACAGAAUCUUUAGGAAUCAGAUCUAAAUAUGCUUCAUUAAGGAAAGACGCACUACUGAAAUCUGUGUUUGGUGGCGCCAUUUGCCGAAUGUAUCGCUUCCCAACCACUGAUGGAAACCACUUGAGAAUCUUGGAGCAGAUGGCUGAGAGCAUCCUGUCGCUGCACAUCCCUAGGCAAUUUGUGAAGCUUCUUCUAGAAGAAGAUGCAGCAAGGGUUUGUGAACUAGAAGAGUUGGGAGAACUGUCUCCUUGUUGGGAAAGCCUUCGUCGUCAAAUAGUUACUCAGUACCAAACAAUUAUUUUAACUUAUCAGGAAAAUCUAACUGACCUGCACCAGUAUAAAGGUCCUUCAUUUAAAGCCAGUAGUUUGAAAGCUGAUAAAAAAUUGGAAUUUGUUCCUACGAAUUUACAUAUACAGAGAAUGAGGGUCCAGGAUGAUGGAGGAUCAGAUCAGAACUACGACAUAGUCACCAUAGGAGCACCAGCAGCUCAUUGUCAAGGCUUUAAAUCAGGUGGCUUGCGGAAAAAGCUGCAUAAAUUUGAAGAGGCAAAGAAACACAGUUAUGAGGAGUGUUGCACUUCAACAGGUUCCCAAUCCAUAAUAUACAUCCCACAGGACAUUGUUAGAGCAAAGGAAAUUAUUGCACAGAUCAACACUCUGAAAACGCAAGUGAGUUACUAUGCAGAAAGGCUCUCAAGAGCUGCCAAGGAUAGAUCAGCUAAUGGCCUUGAAAGAACACUUGCCAUUCUAGCAGACAAGACCCGGCAACUUGUCACAGUCUGUGACUGCAAGCUGUUGGCAAACUCAAUACAUGGACUUAAUGCUGCAAGGCCAGACUAUAUAGCUUCAAAAGCAUCUCCAACCUCUGGAGAAGGGGAGCAAGUGAUGCUAAGGAAUGAUCAAGAUACACUUGUGGCCAGAUGGACAGGAAGAAAUAGCCGAUCUUCUCUGCAGGUGGAUUGGCAUGAAGAGGAAUGGGAGAAAGUUUGGUUGAAUGUUGACAAAAGUCUGGAGUGUAUUAUCCAGAGAGUGGACAAACUUCUCCAGAAGGAGCGCUUGCAAAGUGACAGCUGUGAAGAUGUUUUCCAGUGCGACAUCAGCUGUACUAGUAAGAAAGGUAAUCGGGACACUCGUGCCUACUGGAUAAAUCCAGAAGAUUUAAAUGAGAACUCACCAUCCUCACCACCUUCAUCAUCCUCACCACCACCUUCAUCCACACCAUCCUGUGCAUGCCAUUCUCUCAGAAAGACAAAUUGCAGCCCCACUCCAGAAGAAUCCGGCCCAGGAGAAUGGAGCGAAGCUCUUUAUCCCUUGCUGACAACGCUCACAGACUGCGUAGCCAUGAUGAGUGACAAGGCAAAGAAAGCCAUGGUCUUUCUAUUAAUGCAGGACAGCGCCCCGACAAUAGGGCUCUGCCUGAGCCUUCAGUAUCGCAGGGAUGUUGUCUUCUGCCAAACUCUGACAGCUCUCAUUUGUGGCUUCAUUAUCAAGCUGAGGAACUGCCUGCAUGAUGAUGGAUUUCUAAGACAACUCUACACCAUUGGCUUGCUGGCACAGUUUGAGAGCCUGCUGAGCACUUAUGGUGAGGAGUUGGCAAUGCUGGAGGACAUGAGUUUGGGAAUCAUGGACUUGAGGAAUGUAACCUUUAAAGUAACUCAGGCCACAUCAAAUACAUCUACUGACAUGCUGCCAGUCAUCACUGGAAAUCGUGAUGGAUUUAAUGUGAGGAUCCCUUUGCCAAGCGCCUUGUUUGAUUUGUUGCCGCGAGAGAUUCAAAGUGGCAUGUUACUGAGGGUUCAGCCUGUUCUUUUCAAUGUGGGAAUCAAUGAGCAGCAAACCCUCGCAGAGAAGUUUGGAGACACUUCGCUACAAGAAGUAAUUAACAUGGAAAGCUUAGUGCGGUUGAAUUCGUAUUUUGAGCAGUUCAAAGAAGUUUUGCCUGAUGAUUGUCUACCUCGAUCUCGUAGUCAGACGUGCCUGCCUGAACUGUUAAGAUUUCUGGGACAAAAUGUACAUGCAAGGAAAAAUAAGAAUGUUGAUAUCCUUUGGCAAGCUGCUGAGAUAUGCCGCAGACUAAACGGUGUUCGAUUUACAAGCUGUAAAAGUGCCAAGGAUAGGACUGCCAUGUCGGUCACCCUAGAGCAGUGUUUGAUCCUACAGCACGAACAUGGAAUGGCUCCACAGGUCUUCACCCAGGCUCUGGAGUGUAUGAGGAGUGAGGGUUGUCGACGAGAAAAUACAAUGAAGAAUGUUGGAUGUCGCAAGUAUGCAUUUAAUUCCCUGCAACUGAAGGCUUUCCCAAAGUAUUACAGGCCUCCAGAAGGAACUUAUGGAAAAGUUGAAACAUAAGCAUACUAUGUCCUUUAAUUGCUGUUCCAUUCAAACAUGUGGAUACGCUCUAGAUUAAUACAUGAUUUUGUCAUCCAGAAGAGAUAAAUAACCUUUUUGUACAUUUCACUAGGUUAUACAGAGCAUGUUACUUACAGAAUUGGAAUCUAUAGUAACAAUUAUUCUGACACCUUAGCUUGAGAAUAGUGUGAUGACUCUGCCCGUUUAAAUAGCCUUCAGUGUAUGUAAGAUGAACAGAUAUUGUGCUACUUAAUAAUUACCUAUAUGCAAAUAGCUAGGUACCUCCUGGAUGGGCAAGGACUCUAGGAACGGCAUUCAGGCAGCUGUUUCACAUAACAUCUUUUUAUACUGAGUUGACUUGAGAUUGAGCUUUUCAUAAACUUUUUAAAACUGAGAGUAAAACUCAAAAGUUGUAAAUAAAAAAGGGAUUGGGUCCUAGACAGUCAAAUAACUGUAGAAUGCAUUGUCACAAUCAAGAAACAGAAAUUUAACUUUAAAAAAAAAAUCAGCACAAUAAAAGCCAGGAGUAUAAAUUGUUUUACUGUAUAUAGGAUGCCAUCUCCAUAUAUGAAAUUAACAAUGCAUAAAAGGCCAAGCAUAUGAGGUCUAGUUUCUAGUUCUGUCCAAAUAAAACAAAUUCCUGUCAUUUUUGGCAGGUAAGGACUUGGGCACACAUCUUAACUGUUUUUAAAAAGUGUUUCAGAAACAAAAUGAUGCUUAACCAUUAAUGCCAGCAAGAGCUCCCCGUGCCCUUCCCUACUAUACAACAAGUGCAACAAGCUCGUUGCUAAUGUUGCACGUGACAUGUUCAGUAUGUUCCAUGCUUUUGUAUAUUAUUUAACACAUUUUUGCCCAUGUUUUUUUAUAUUGCUUCUGGAUUGUAAGCAUUAGUAUCUUACGGGGUUACAUUUUUUUGAUUGGUGUUUGAUUUUUUUCCCCUAUAUCAAUUCUGUAUGUCAAUACAAAAAUGCUCAAAGUGCCCAAUGCAUCCCCGUUAUGGCAUAACCAAAAUUGGCUUCUGUUUACCUUUGCAUUUUACCUGGCCAGAUGUUCAGAAUCCUGGGGGGAACUACGACUGUUUUGAAGGAAUUUCUGAGGAAGGUAGGGAUGCCCCAUGUUGAUAGAAAGGAAUUGCUCAUGUGCUACUCAUGUAGAACUGCGCAUUCUAGCUUAUGACUAAGGUGAUCAGUUUGAUAGCAUUUGAUAAUAAAGAUUCAACAGAUCUCCUUGGAAAUAAUCUCCCAAAUAAUGCCUAUGAAGCUCAGAUACCUUUUUAAAAAGCAGCUAAACAUUAAUUUCCAAAUUUUAACAGGAUUAAGUCAUCUGUAGCUAGCUUUCUUCAGCACAAUGUGCCCUUUCCUUCUUGGUUUCCAGGGAUUUAAGUUUUAGGAUAGAAAAACCUGCCCAUUUAUUUUUGUGAGAGUAGCAACAGCCAGGUAAGUAUAUGGCUGUUUUCUGAUUUCUUUCUCCCUCUCACUGAUGUUUGUCUGUGCUGUCACUGCUCUAUCAAUCAGUCAUGUUCAUUCUGCUCCCAUGCAGGUUUGGGGGUUACAGGUCUAGCAGUUUUUGCAUUUUGCUUGUUGCAGUUUAACACCGAGCAGCAUGUCACAAAGCCAGGUCAGAGAGUUCUGCUGAACCAGGUUGUUACCAUUAUUUCAGUCUCUUUAGGAUAACAAAAUGCUGAAUUCUGUGCAAAAUCACUGUACCUAUCCCAGCUCUGAACAAAUCAUCUACAGUAGAACAGUCCCUUGGAAAUUUUACAAACCCUGUUCGACAAUUAAUAAACAAGUGUUGGUUUUAUUUUUUGCUAAUAUGUAAACAAAUACACGGUGAAAAACUUUUCAAUGGAAUUUUUCUUUAGACACUGUUACUCCAUUAGUUCUGCUCAACCUUCAGUCCCUGGCCCAUUGUUAAAUGCUACAUUUAUUUUUGUAUAAACUGUACUCUUUAUAUCCCUUAGUUUUUAUGAGUUGAUAAUUUUAUUUUGUAUAUUUCAAGCAUAGUUAAUUAUAUUUUAAGUCCUGUAUUGUUACUCUAAAAAUCUUCUGAUGUUCAGCUUCACAACAAAAUAACAAGAGGUCUACUGUAACAAUUAGCAGGGCCACUCUCUUAGACUGUGGCCAACAAUCAUUAGAUCUAUUCUAGAGCUUAGUGAUCUUUUAUUUAUUUUGUAUACCAAUGUAAUCAGAAAAAGUUGCUGAAUUUUGUAUAUGCAUGGUUUUUGCUCACCUUUUUAAAGUGGUGGAAUACCAGUCUCAAGUACUGCAUUAUUUUGUUUAAAAUAUUCUGAUUUCAGUAUGCUUUUGUGUAAAACAUUGUUGUCCAGCUAACAUUUAUAUACACGACAUUGUUGGUACAUGCACAUCAACAGGCUUGUUUAAAGGGCGUAAGGAACAGUAAGAUCUCGAGCAGUUCAUCAAAAAAGAAAAACUGUGAAACUUGAAAUCCACGUAGGACGCUUCACAAGGGUGAAGUAAGCUUUUCUGUUGCACAGGAGAGGAAAAAUUUAAGGAUUACUGUAAAAUGAAGUUCUGUCUAAUGUUCUUUUUUGAGUACAUUUUUUAAAUUAUAAAACAUACAAAGGUAAAAAAAGAAAACUGUUGCCAAGUAUGUUCUGUGUAUGUUCUGUGAAAGUACCUACAGCACAGUUGCCUUUUGUUUCAUUUAUACAUGUAAAAAUUAUUGUAUAAUACAACACUGUUUUGUCCCAACACGACUGUAUUUGCCAAGCUUUGUGCAUUGAAAUAUUUUUAUUUAUUUGUUUUUGAGCAGUAUUAAUAUAUCAUAAACAUAUGGCUACUGUUUUAUAUAUUCUAGUUCAUCCAAUCCAUGUAUGCUGUAAAUGUGCUAGUCUUUAGGAUGAAAACCAAUAAAGAACUGACAAGAGUAACAAA